GGUAAGUCACUGCCAAGGGCAGUCGGCAUAGGGGAGGACGCAGCUGGCGUAGGCGCUCGGGAGGGCUGGAGUCAGGAUGGAGGCGGACGCGACGAAGCUGCUGCCCUUCCUGGCCUUGGACGCGCGGGCAGACCUGCAGGCGGCGGCGGCACAUCACGUGCUGGCACUGACAGGUUCUGGGCCGGGCCGCAAGCUGCUGGCAGAGCAGGAGGCGGUGCUGCGGGCACUGGCCGAGCUAGCUUCGGCCCCAGCCCGAGACGCUGCCCGAGACGCUGCCCGCGCUCUCGUGAACUUGGCCGCCGACCCCGGACUGCACGAGCCGUUGCUGGAGGCCAUUCCUGGUCUGUCCAUGCGUCUGCUGGACCGCGUGUUGGAUCCACAGUGGCCCUGGGCCGAGGAGGCGGCUGCUGCGCUGGCUAAUCUCAGCCGCGAGCCAGCGCCGUGUGCCGCCCUGAUGGCAGAGCUGGCGGCCGCGAAGCGGGGGGAUAUACUCUUGGAGCGGCUGGUGAGAGCGCUGUGCUCGCCUAGCUACAACGCUCGCGCGUCCCUGCACUACCUGGCGCCGCUGCUUUCCAACCUCAGCCAGCGACCUGAGGUGCGUGCCGUUCUGCUGGAUCCCAACAGGUUCGUGAUCCAGCAACUGCUACUCCUUACCCGACAACACCCAGAAAACUCAGUGCGCAGGGGCGGGGUGGUCGGGACGCUGCGGAAUUGCUGCUUCGAGCACCGACACCACGAGUGGUUGCUCGGGCCUGACGUGGACAUUCUCCCGGUCUUGCUGCUGCCCCUAGCUGGGCCUGAGGAUUUCUCUGAGGAGGAAACGGAACGGCUGCCUAUUGACCUGCAGUACCUGUUACCAGACAAGGAGCGAGAGCCUGAUGCAGACAUCCGCAAGAUGCUCAUUGAAGCUAUCAUGUUGCUGACGGCCACAGCACCAGGUAGGCAGCUAGUGCGGGACCAGGGAACUUAUUUGAUCCUUCGAGAGCUGCACAGCUGGGAGCCGGAGCCUGAUGUGCGAUUGGCUUGUGAGAAGCUCAUCCAGGUGCUUAUUGGGGACGAGCCUGAGCAUGGCAUGGAAAACCUACUGGAGGUGCAGCUGCCUGAGGAUUUGGACCAACAGCUACAAGAGCUCGAACAGCAGGAGCAGGAGCAGUUGGAGCGUGAGAGGCAGGAGCAGUUGGAGCGUGAGCAGCAGGAGCUGGUCCCAGAGCCAUGAGAGGAGAGGAGUGCACUUACCUGAGGCCCCUGCAGUCCAAUACCAGCUCCAGGCCCAUCUUUGCCAGGCUUCUCAGGCCAGGCCUUCCUGUAGCUACCUGCAUGCCCUCCAGGCCCUCUUGAUUGGAUACUAUGCUCUGCAGAGUUACACUUAGGCUCCAGUCCAUGCCAAAAGCCCUAGAGCAAAUGUCCAAUAAACUUCAGAGGGUUGAAAUCACCGCCCAGCCCUGUGCCAUGUUGCUAUCAGCAAGAAUGCAGGUUGUGCAGAGCAGUACUGUGAGCCUAAGCCGGCCAGCCCUGUAACUUUUCUGCCUCCACACCUCCAUAUGAGGUGGAGGUAUCAGGUGGAGUCAAGAGUCUUCUCAUGGCCAGUGGAGCCAUGAGAAGACUCUUCCAAGGCACAAGGAUGGGAGCAUUGGACAGAAAAACACUAUGAGCCCUGAGGAGCCAGUUGCAGCUCCCAAUCCUGAGGGUACUGUAGGAUCUGGGCACAGGAGGGCGCCUAAGUAUAAGUAGUGCCCCUGUUGUCAGCCCCAAUCCCUGGUUCCCUCAGCUCCCUCUGCCUGAGCCCUGGCCUGAAAGGGCUGACCCAACAUACCGAGAUCCUGAGGUCUUCCUAGGACUGCACCUCUCUGCUUGACCCGUGGCCCUGCCCUCAGCCCUUGUCACCUCUCUAUGUCUUUCUAUCUCCUAGUGUUGGAUUGGACUAGUACUCUCCAACCCCUCCAACUAGGCAUCUCCCUUCCCUACCUCUCCAGAGAGCCUCUCAGAUGUACCUGCAGCCUGGCCCCCUGUCCAAGCCUCUCCCCCAACUACCAUCUGCCUCCUUGGCUCCCACUAUGGGCCUAGGAGCUGGAUCUAUUUUUCCCCUGUAUCUAUGUUCGUUCCUUUUGCCCCCCACUUUUGCAACUGCCAAGCCCCAUGGACUGUGAUGGUGGCUCUCACUCCACUGUGUUCCUCCUGAACCUCUCAUCAGACCUCACCACCACCUUUUGCAUUGAGCACCUGAGUAAUGGCCCCUCACUGACAGGCCUUUCCAGGCUCCUAACCCUGGUGAAGGAGCUUAACUUGUCUUCCUGGGAGUUUAGAAUGCCCACUCCACACUGGAGGCCCAUUCUACCCUGUGUUCUCCUGCCUUGGCUGAGUGCUUCAUUGGAUACCCCAGGCAUCUCCCUCCAGGUCCCCUCUAACCUACCACCAUUAAAGCUCUGGUGUCCUAGGCA